GGUCUGCUUUCAAGAAUGAUGUCUUUCUCUUGUGUGAACAUGGAGAAUACAGUUGUGAUACAUACCAAGUUAGGACAGCUGAGAGGACAUAUCAAGCACUCUAUACUCACCGAUAACAGCUACUAUGCAUUUCAAGGAAUUCCUUUUGGAAGACCACCACUGGGAGCACUGAGAUUUAAGCCACCACAACCAUUCGGAGGCUGGGAAGGUGUACGAGAUGCUCUCCAAGAUGGACCUGACCCCAAACAACCUGUAUUGCUGCCCAUUCCUGGAGAAAAUAAUGAACAACAGAGCAUAGGAGAUGAGGAUUGUCUUUACCUCAAUGUUUUCAUUAAUGAGCUUCCCCGGCAAAGCAGUUCCCAAAAACCAGUUCUAAUUUCUAUUCAUGGAGGAGGAUUUGCUGGAGGCUCUGGAAAUAUCAAGGGCAAUGGUCCAGAUUAUCUAUUGUAUGGAGAGGUUGUUGUAGUUACCUUCAACUAUAGAUGUGGAGCUUUUGGGUUUCUGUCUCUGGAGAAUGAGGAAGUCCCAGGAAAUGCAGGACUCAAGGAUCAGACCCUGGCCUUGAAGUGGGUCCAUGACAACAUUGACAGUUUUGGUGGUGAUCCCAACAAUGUUACCAUCUUUGGUGUCAGUGCUGGAGGAGCUUCUGUGGCAUAUCAUCUGCUUUGCCCACCCUCCAGAGGUUUGUUCCACAAGGCUAUUAUGCAAAGUGGGUUUGCACUAAAUCCUUGGGCUCUUCAAGAAAAUCCUAGAAAGAAUGCCUACAAACUGGCCAAGAGUUUGGGCUGUACCUCUGAGAACCCUGAAGAAGUAUUCCAGUUCCUUCAGUCUGUCUCUGCCAAUGAUAUUGUGUUCGCUACCAAAGACAUGAUCAAAAAUGAGAUGGCAAUGAACUCUCUGAUAUUCACCCCUAGUGUGGAAGUCAUAGGAGAAGAAUCUUCCUUACCCGACACUCCCCACAGACUCAUGGAGAGAGGGCAGUUUGCUCAGGUUCCUGUCAUACUGGGGUGUACUGUAAAGGAAGGAAUAGUGUUUGCAUUUACUGGAAUAAAUGAAAGUGUAUUUGAAAAGAUAAACAACAAACGUGAGUUCCUUGUACCAUCCUUUUUGGGACUUAAACCUGGCAGCAUUGAAGAAAAAGAAGCUGCAAAUGAAAUCUGGGACUUCUAUCUUCAAGGGAAUCCCCUCUCGUGGAAUAACGUAAAUGAUUUGUUAUUGUGUUAUAGUGACAUUGAAUUUAGCUUCGGAAUGGAACAAAGCAGAAGUUACCUGGUGGAUAAAUCGUCUGCACCAGUUUACACCUACCUGUUCACCAAUCACACGAGAUGUCUGUGCAAGAGCAUGGUGCAUAUGUUUUCCGAAAAUUCCUCAGAGAUAUUGAAUGCAGAGACUUGUCAUGGAGCAGACUACUGGUUUCUGUACAAUUAUACCCUUAUUCCAACUCCAGACUUGACUCCUGUGGACAUAGAAGCCAUUAAAAAGCAUGUCAAAGCCUGGACAUCUUUUGCUUAUUCUGGUGAUCCCAACCAUGAGGACCUGGGAGUUACAUGGGAAAGAGAUUCUAAAACCAGUCCAUGCUACAUGGACAUUGGAGCUUCUUGGGAACUGAAGGAGGGAUUCGCUCUAUCAGACAGGAUCAGCUUUUGGAAUAAGCUCUGGAAAAAAUACACCACAAUCUAGGGGACGAUAUUUGUUAAGCACAUAUUAAUGUUAUUAAAUAUUUGCUACUUUUAUUAAAUAUUUUGAAACAAA